AUGACGAUUUCCAACACGACCCAACCAUUGUUAAAUGACACGGAUAGUGGAUUUAUUAGUAGCGAUACAAGCGAUAAUAUGCCAGCACUUCUACCAAACAGCAGUAGUGCUUACGUAAGAAUACAGGGGCAGGCGAACCGUGUGGGUCAACACAACCGUAUAAUACAAUAUCAUGUACAUCGACAGGUAGACAGGUUAGAUGAGAGAGGAAGACGACUAGAGGACAUAGAAGUUAACAGUCAGGAGACCCUAAGGACGUCAACGAUAGAUAUUACAACAGAUAAUCGCAACAGAGAAAAUGUUGUGCGGGAACAAAAGAACAGGACUCCGACGACCACAUUGACAUGGACUUUGCGGACCAUGCUGCAACAAGAGGAGCGCACGGAGCCAUGGGCAUCGAUAUCGGAACGAGAGUCGACUCAAAUCAAGAAGGAUAUCCAGCAGAAUAAGGAGGGGUCGGACGAACUGUAG